AUGGAUCCUUCUAUGCGAGAGGAACUCAGUUGUCCUAUCUGCCUUCAGCUCUUUUUGGACCCUGUGGUUCUCCCCUGUGGCCACAACUACUGCCAGGUUUGCAUCUUGCAGACCAUCAACAGCAGCGAUAAAAAACUGCAAUGCCCAGAGUGCCGAAUGGAAUUUGAGGGUGCUCAGUCCCUGCAGAAGAACUUUAAACUGGGAAGCAUUAUCAACGGCUUCCUAGCAUCUACAUCAAAGUCUGAUGUUUCACCGGUGACCCAGCAGAUCCAACAUGCAUCAAAGUCUGAUGCUGUACCUGUGACCCAGGAGAUCAAACGUGCAUCAAAGGCUGACGCGACACUGGUGAACCUGCAGCUCAAACGCGAAAACUCAUGCAUCCGUUCAGCAGAUAGGGCAUUGCAGACAGGGAAAGAGUGUGAGAUCCACCGUAGUCCUCUUGUGUACUUUUGCUCCACGGACAUGACCUUGCUGUGCUCCAAGUGUUUCAUGGAGGGCCGACACCAGGACCAUGACCUUCUCACCUUUAGUGUUGCUGAGGGGGAGAUGAGGCGUGCCCUGGAGGUCCGGAGCAAGGUGGUUGGCAACAGGUUGCAGAUGACCGAUUUCCUUGUAGAGAGGGUGAAGGAAGAGCGGGGCCUGUCUGAAACAAUUGGAGACAAAUUGGUUAACAAGGCUGCCACAACAGUGGAAGUCAUGGCUGAACUGGUUAAUGGGUACCGUGACAGAUUGCAUAAACUCCUGGAGGAUGAGCAAACCCAACGUAGAAACAUCUGGCAAUCCGGUGUGGGUACAUUGGAGGAGCAACAGCAGCUGCUAGUGGAUGCUUUACAGAGUGCAAAUGAGGCCCUCAGCUUGACUGAUUCUUGUAGCUUCAUAAACAGGUUUCUGUUGAUAGAGGAGAAGCUGAGGAAGGCUGCCACAGUCACAAUUGCCUGCAACAUCCCCUCAAAGGCUCCGCUCAACACCAAGCAAAUGCAAGAAAGCCUCAGGACUGAGGCCUUCCGAGCAGAAAUGAGCCGCCUUGCCGAGUUCCUUUGUAUCCUCUUCAAUCCUCUCCAGCUUACCUUCAACGAGAGCUCGGCCCACCCCCAUGUGCAACUGAGCAACGACCUGCGCACGGCCAAAUAUAGCGAUAUCAAGCAGCCGUACCCCGAGCACAAGGAGCGCUUCACAAGCGCACCGCAGGUCAUGUGCAACGAAGGCUUUUCCAAUGGCGAGCAUGUGUGGGUGGUAGAGGUGGGCCCCGAAAGCAUGUGGUCGCUAGGGGUGUGUUAUAAGACCAUUCCCCGCCGUGGCGAUCACAGCCGACUUGGUCACAACUCCAUGUCCUGGCGGCUCCAGUGGAAAAGUGGCAAACUGACAGUGUGCAAAUCUUCGUCCAAUGUAGUGCUACGUGAAAUGAAAAUUCAGCCGCUGAAGAUUGAGGUGGCACUGGACUAUGAGGGCGGCACAUUGAUGUUCCAUAACAUUAAAGGCCAAAGGGAGCAUCUCUACACAUUCAAGGUUGCGUUUAAAGAGACAGUUUACCCAGCUUUUAGCAUCCACUCUAACACACCACAGUCUUGGAUUACACUCCAGUGUGGCUUGUGA